UAGAGCUCCAAGUUGCAUAACUUUGUUUCAGCACAAAUAAUACACAAUGGAUAAUUAUGGUUACGGUUCUUCCUCCUAUGGAGGUGGUGGUGGUUUCAUGCCAGGAGAGACAAACAGCCCCGCUGGUGGAAAGAGCGCAGACGGCAACAAUACCACACUUCGCCCCAUCACAAUCAAGCAAGCCCUCGACGCAACACAACCUUAUCCUGAAGCCGAUUACCAGAUUGACGGCGCUGACGUAGGCAGCAUUUGCUUCGUCGGACAAGUUCGCAACAUCAGCACCCAAAGUACAAACAUCACAUAUAGAAUUGACGACGGCACGGGCGAAAUCGAAGUGAAACAAUGGGUUGACUCGGCCACAGCGGACACCAUGGACACAGAUGAUGGCAAAGCAGGUGCAGGAAAGAAUCAAGUCGUGAACAACGGAUAUGCGAAGAUAUUCGGAAAAUUAAAGACGUUCGGAAAUAAGCGAUUUGUAGGAUCACAUUGCGUGCGACCCUUGACAGAUAUCAAUGAGCUCCAUUGCCACAUGCUUGAGGCUGUUGCUGUGCAUCUUUUCUUUACUCGUGGUCCUGUUGGUGGCUCCGGCGGCGCCGGUGCCGCUGCUGGUGGAAUGGGGGGUGCUGAUGCCACUAUGGGUGGCGUUGAUGAUUACAGCGCUGGCAGAGGACUUCCUGCGAUGAGCCCGGUCGCAAGGAAGGUGUACAAUUUGUUGAAGAUAGAGCCUCAAAGCAAUGAAGGUCUACAUGCCCAGCUCAUUGCGGCUAAGCUGAGUUUACCCAUGCCGGAUGUCGCCCGCGCUGGUGAUGAGUUGCUUACUGCUGGUGUGAUUUUCUCGACUGUUGAUGAGCAGACCUGGGCUAUAUUGGAUUAUUAGAUUUAUGGUGCCUUCCUAUCUUUAUUAACUACUUAUUUACGUCUAUGCAUAUGGCUGGAAACCAAAUGGUGUCAAAUUCAUGUCUUCGUUGCGCCGAUAGCAUACUUUACGUUUC